GAUCUUCUCACCACAGCUCUCACACGUUUGCUUUUCCCUUGGCAGCUCGCUGACCUGAACAAACGGUUGCCAGCAGAAGCCUGCAUGCCCCCGGCGAAGCCCGUCAGCCGCUCCCAGCGCGCUACGAGCGGCAGCCGGCCAUGCGACCCGCCACCCCCCACACCAUCACCCUGCAGCCGUCGUCUUUCAGGAACCUGCGCCUGCCAAAGAGGCUGCGGGUGAUUUAUUUCUUCGCCAGGACCCGGCUGGCCCAGAGACUCAUCAUGGCUGGGACUGUGAUCUGGAUCGGAAUCCUGGUUUACACGGAUCCUGCUGGUCUCCGCACCUACCUCACGUCGCAGGUCACCGAACAAAGUCCUUUGGGUGAAGCAGGUCUGCCUCCUAUGCCAGUCCCUGGAGGGGUCCUGCCUGCUGGGGACCCCAAGAUUGAUCUCUCAGUCUUCCCAUCGGACCCCAUCCAGCUGUCAGAAAACCAGACGCAGCAGCGUGAGCAGAAGUCGGGGCUGGAGUCCCUGAGCAGGCUGGACACAAACCAGCACGCCUGGGCCCACGGACCAGAGGGCAAAGGGAAUGGGCAGACGGAGCUGGGAGCUGAAGCAGAGGUUACCUGGGGAGCAGAGGAUGAGGAGAUCUGGAGGAAGCUUUCCUUCAGACACUGGCCGUCCCUCUUCAGCUACUACAAUAUCACUCUGGCCAAAAG